AUGGCUCCUAACAACCUCAAAUCAUUGCUGGGCACCAUUAGACGAAAGCCCAGUAAAGCCCCAGAUGGCAAGACCGACGCCGAAGCAGCUCCGCCCGUGGCAGCAGAAAAGACAUCCAUCGUCAAAGAUCUUCUCACACUCAACCCUGGCCAGGCCGCAACUGUGGCCCAAGCAUUCUCCACGCUCGCUUCUGGCGAACCCAUGGACGACAAGGAGCUGCUCCUCGAGCACGGCGUCAGCAUGCUUCAAACCCUCUCCUUAGACAGCGGCUUGAGCAAGAAGAUCUCGGAUGAGUUCAUUGCCUUGCUUUACCACGAUCUUCCCCAUCCGCCCCCAACGCUCGUUGGGCCGACAGUCAGGUACCGACGACACGACGGAGGCGGCAACAGUCCGUGGGACUCGGAGAUGGGGAAAGCCGGCUCGCCCUACUCGCGCUCGGUGCCCCCGCUCAAGAGCCAGGGGCCGAACCUCCCCGAUCCCGAACUCGUCUUCGACCAGCUCCUGAAGCGGACGGGCCCGUUCCGCCCGCACCCCUCUGGCCUGAACCGUCUGUUCUUCUCCUUUGCGACGGUGGUCAUCCACGAGUGUUUCCAGACAUCGCGCGAGACUCCCUGGAUCAAUGAGACGUCUAGUUAUGCCGACUUGAGCACCUUAUAUGGGAACACCAUCAAGGAGCAGGCGCGGGUGAGGACGUACGAGAAUGGGACGAUUUACCCGGACUCGAUCGCGUCCGAGAGGAUCAUGAUGAUGCCGCCGGGUGUGGUUGCCGUUCUGCUGAUGUUCUCACGGAACCACAAUCACAUAGCCCAGAACUUGUUGACGAUCAACGCGGAUGGGAAGUACAAGCCUUGGGAUACUCUAAGCGAGGAGGAAAAGACGGCAGGUACUAAGCCAUCGCCCAGACAAGAUGAAGACAUCUUCCAGAUCACGCGCAACAUCAAUGUUGGCUAUUUUGCAUCCGUGGUCUUGCGGGACUACGUGGCCGCGAUUCUCAACACUCCACGGGCCAACUCGACCUGGUCUCUGGAUCUCGCCGCUGAAAUUAAGAAAGGUGGCAGACGGGUCGAGCGAGGAACUGGAAACGUCUGCUCGGUCGAAUUCGCUGUUCUUUACCAUUGGCAUGCCGCACUCAGUGCUGCCGACAAUGACUGGAUGGAAUGGGUUGUCAACAGUGACAUACCCGGCCUCAAGUCAAUGGAUGAUCUCACAACAGAGAAGUUCAUGGGGAUGUUAAAGAAGCGAGGACAUGCCUUGAUGUCCAAGCCAGCCAGGGAAUGGACAUUCGGUGGCCUGGAAAGGGGUCCGGAUGGCAAGUUUGACGAUGUUCAGCUGGCGGAGGUGAUCAAAGAUUGUAUCAAUGAGCCAGCUCAUGCUUUCGGAGCGCACAGUACUCCGGCCUCGAUGAAGAUUGUGGAAAUCUUGGGUCAGAUACAAGCACGGGAUACCUUCAAUGUUUGCACACUCAAUGAAUUCCGAAAAUACCUCAAUCUCAAGCCGUAUGAGACCUUCGAGGACUGGAAUCCGGAGAAAGAGACCGCGCGGAGGGCUCGGUUGCUGUACGGCCAUAUUGACAACCUCGAGCUGUAUCCUGGCCUGAUGGCCGAAGUGACAAAGCCCGCGGUGCCUGGUAGCGGAGUCUGCCCUGGUCAGACCACCGGGCGAGGGAUCCUGAACGAUGCCGUUGCCCUGAUUCGAGGUGAUAGGUUCUUAAGUUACGAUUUCAACGGUAGCACUCUGACCGACUGGGGCUUCUCUAAGCUGCAAGCUCCCGUGCCAGGCGCGUAUGGGGGGAUCAUGCCAUAUCUGCUAUUCAAUGCGCUUCCAGGUGCCUGGACUGGCACAUCACCAUACGUGCUGCUUCCGUUCUACACUCCGACAGCCGCCCAAGGGAUAUUGAAGCAGAACAAGACCAUCCUGCAGUACAGCUUGGAGAGGCCACCCAGCGGGAUGGACGUCAUCGGAAUCCACACCCACGAGGGCUGCAAGAAAGUGUUCGAGGAUCGCGAGAAUUUCCGCGUCAUAUACCAAAAAGCCAUUCGGGAUUGCACGAAUGGCCACGAGUUCAUGCUUGGAUGGGAUGAUGCGAAGAGACACGAUGAGCGGUCGGCAAUCCUCCAUAAGGUCAUGUUCGAAGACGACUUCGAGGGCAAAAUGACCAAGUUUUUCCGGACCAACGUCGCCCAGCUCAUCAAGAAGUCCUCGCUUAAGUACUCAAACAGCUCCCGGAGGUCAAUCGACAUCGUUCGGGACGUGACCAAUGUCACGCCCGUCCUCUGGCUGGCGCAACGAUUUGCCAUUCCGCUCAAGACCGAGCAGUAUCCGGGCGGCCUGGUGUCGAUCCCCGAGGCUUUCAAAGCGUUCAUCGUAACAUUUAUGUACCAGAGCUUCAACAUCAUCCCGGCAAACGAGUUCGGGCUUCGAGCCGGCGCCAUGCAAGCGGGCGAUGCCCUCCGACCAAUCUUCGAGGCCCAUCUCAAGACCCAGCAAGGCUUCACCGAAGGACUCGUCGACUGGCUCGCCAAGGGCUCUGCCUUCGAGGUCGGCCCCGAGGCAGACCGACUCUACCACGCCCUGAACGCCACCAAGCUCCCCGUCGGCGACCUGGUCGGCGACUGCCUUUGCAUCGGCGCCGGCGUCAUCGGGAACCUCACGCAGCAAGCCUCCCUCCUCAUCGAGCUCUACCUCCGCCCCGGCUACGAGCAAUACAAGGCGCGGAUCGCCGAGCUGGCCCACCAGGACGACGCCGCCUCGGACCGCGAGCUGCUCGGCUUCGUCUUCGAGGGCAUGCGCCACGCCAGCAUCGUGCCGGGCCUCCCCCGGGUCGCCGCCCGCGACGUGACCGUCAUUGACGGCGCGCGCGGGCCCGUCUCCAUCCCCGCCGGCCGCACCGUCCUUGUCGCCACCUCCUCGGCCGCUAUGGACCCGGCCCAGUUCCCCCGCCCGGAGAAGCUCGACCCGCACCGCCCGCUCGGGGACUACAUCCUACUCGGCCACGGCCUGCACGCCUGCUACGGCGCGCGCAUGGUAGGGUGCAGCCUCGCCGCGACGCUCAAGGAGGUCUUCAAGCUGAAGAAUCUCCGGCGCGCGAAGGGGAAGCGGGGCGCGUUCAUGGUCGCCGAGCACGAGCUCACGGGGCUCAAGAUGCGCAAGUAUCUGGAUUGCAACGCGGCUGAGAGCCCCGUCCCGACGACGCUCACGCUGGAGUAUGACGAGGACGAGGGGUAUGGUGUCCCGGUAGUGGUGGGGGUUGGGGCGAAUGGGGCGAAUGGAGCGAACGGGAAUAGGAAUGGGAAUGGAAGUGGGGUUUGGUAA